AUGCCUCCUCCACAGAAGGGAAAACUAAAGUCCCGUGGGUCAGACGAAGAAUUCGUUCUAUUCCUACAGGGGAUUCCAGCCCAUUGUCGCUGGCAAGAACUGAAGGACCUGGUUCGUCAAACCGCCUUGCACAUCCGCCAAGCAGUGGUAUACGACGACCAUCACGGCUUUCCCACGGGACUAGGCCAAAUCAUCGUGAAAAACGAAGAUGAAGCAUGGCGGACUUACCGUGCGUUAUCCACCAACGGUUGGGAGGGACAGAGCUUGGUUGUUACGCUGGCGCGGACCAGUUCGCCGACUCGACCUAUCGCCGGACCAACGAAGAGUCCCAGUGUGAUUCCCUCAAACUACGCCCCUGGCUAUUCAACGCCCCCGAGAGUCUCCCAGAACAUGGCCGUGCCUCCAUCCCCCAUAUCUCCGGAACCCAUGAUAGCUGGCCCUAGCCCAACGUAUCCACCUCCCGAGUACGGCCACGCUCCGGUCAUCAGCCUGCCACACCAGUCCUUCAUUCCCAUCUACCCAGAUCCCCUAUCGCAACCCAUGCCAGGGAUUCCCCCCUCCCCAGCUCUUCGACCAUCCUUCUGCGACUCUCUCACCUUUACCGUCUACCCACCAUACCCCAUCUCCCCAAUCCCAUCCUUCCAAGACCCCUCCACCCACCACCCAAACAACCGCAGAACCCCCCACAAACCAACCUACAGCUACACGUACAGCUACACCCCAACCCCAAUGCCCUUCUACGCACCAUACCCACACCCACAUCCCAGCGACAGCAGCAGCAGCAGCAACAACAACAACAACCCCCGCCCCCACCGCCGUACCAUCUUCAUCCAGAACCUCAGCCCAACAACCACCAAAUCCGACCUCCAAUCCCACCUCCAAGACGCCGGCACUAUUGAAUCCUGCGAAACCUCCCUCGACCCCACCACCAACCGAUGCAAGGGCUUCGCACGCAUCACCUUCCGCACCGCUGACGAAGCCAGACGCGCCGUUAUCCGCUACAACAACUCCAUCUUCAUGAACACCAAGAUUAGAGUCAAGAUCGACCGCUCCGUUCCCAUCGCCGCCUCGUACGUCUCGAACCCACCACAGACGGCCAGCGUUGCCAUCCCUGUCCCUACUAUUGUCUCUACGCAGGUGCCCACCCCAGACGCAGGGCACGAUGCACCCACCGCCGGAUCAGUAAAGUGCGUGCCGGACGAGGUAGUAGGCGAGGUCAAGGGUGAUCGGUGCCAACCCGGGCCGUUAGUUAUAAAUGGGUCGGGGAUUGGGCGCAAGGAGAUUGUGAUUUGA